AUUCUGCAUUUUCGUUUCACCGAGUGCAGACGUGUCGCUGAAAAAAUCGGAAAAAAUAUUAAAGUUUUUGCAAAAAAUCAAUAAUUUAAAUAGGACAAGAAAAAAACUGUUGGAAAAAUCUUAAAACCAAUUGAAUAAGUGUGGUUUAAUACCAAUUUUUAAACAAAAAAACCCAUCAUGGGAGAUUCUCUAGAGAAUACAGAAGCUCCCGUGGACAAUGUGAGUGUAACAAUUGUGGAUUAUGGUGCUUUUGCAAAUUACAUUCGCAAAGCUGUGACCAUUCUAUUGCCCGAAGAAGAUGUUGUUCCACCAGCAUUAAAUGUGGCUCUAGAGGACACAAAUAACCAGGAUUGUAUUAAGAAAUUCCUAAGUGAUCCGCAAGUGCAGGCAUUGUACAUCCAGAGGAAUUGUUUGAAAGAAGAUGAAAAUGAACAACCUGCUGAGGGUGAAGAGGAGAAAGAGACUGUGACUUAUUACAUCAGCAAUGAUGUCCACUUCAGCAAUAGCCGUAUGGCAUCUUUGGCUUGCAUUAAACGUGGAACCGUCAUCGAAGCAGAUAAAUCUAUUCAUUCGCAAUUGCGAUUGAUAAAUUUCUCCGAGGGAUCUCCCUACGAAACCCUUCAUGCAUUUAUUAGCAAAUCUUUGGCUCCGUUCUUCAAAAGUUACGUCAAGGAAUCUGGUCGUGCUGAUCGUGAUGGCGACAAAAUGGCACCAUCCGUAGAAAAGAAGUUAGCCGAGUUGGAAAUGGGAUUGCUGCAUCUUCAGCAAAACAUCGAUAUUCCAGAGAUAACUUUGGCUGCUCAUGGUUCAGUGGCUGCUGUUAUUCGAAAAUGCGCCGAAGAAAAUCGCAAGGCUAAGGUGGCUGAUUUCGGAGACAAAGUCGAUGACUCUACAUUCCUAAAUCAGCUCCAGAACGGUGUGAAUCGUUGGAUCAAAGAGAUUAAAAAAGUCACCAAGUUGGAUAGGGAUCCAUCGUCAGGAACUGCUCUUCAGGAGAUAUCUUUCUGGUUGAACUUGGAAAGGGCUUUGUAUAGGAUUCAAGAGAAGCGUGAAUCCCCAGAAGUUGCUUUGACCUUGGACAUCCUUAAACAUGGCAAGAGAUUCCAUGCUACAGUGUCUUUUGAUACUGAUACUGGAUUGAAACAAGCCUUAGCCAUGGUAGCAGAUUACAACCCGCUAAUGAAGGAUUUUCCAAUCAAUGAUCUCCUGUCUGCCACCGAACUGGAAAAGAUUCGUCCAGCCGUGCAGCAGAUAUUCUCGCAUUUGCGCAAAGUUCGCAACACCAAGUAUCCCAUUCAACGUUGUUUGAAAUUGAUCGAAGCUAUUUCCCGCGAUCUGAGUCAGCAGUUGUUAAAGGUUCUUGGAACACGACGUCUAAUGCAUAUUCCUUUUGAUGAGUUCGAGCGGGUUAUGAACCAAUGUUUCAACAUCUUCAGCUGUUGGGACGAUGAGUACGACAAACUCCAGGGUCUGUUACGUGAUAUUGUCAAGAAGAAGCGUGACGAACAUUUGAAAAUGGUUUGGCGUGUAUCACCAGCACAUAAGAAACUGCAAGCUCGAAUGGAACAGAUGAGAACGUUCCGUCGUCAACAUGAACAGCUGAGAACAGUUAUUUUGCGAGUUUUGCGCCCAACUAAGCAACAACAAAAUGCUGCUCCUAUCGAUGCUCAACCAGAAGCGAAAACUCCAUACAGCUUGGAGGCAGCUGAUGCUAAUGCUAUCGAAGAAGUUAACCUUGCUUACGAGAAUGUCAAGGAAGUCGAUUGCUUAGACAUAACCAAGGAAGGUUCUGAAGCUUGGGAAGCUGCAGUCAAACGAUAUGAAGAGAGAAUUGAUCGUGUCGAGACAAGGAUCACAGCCCAUCUUCGUGAUCAGCUCGGAACAGCUAAGAACGCAAAUGAAAUGUUCAGGAUCUUUUCUCGUUUUAACGCUUUGUUUGUGCGCCCCCACAUCCGCGGCGCCAUUCGAGAAUACCAAACUCAGUUGAUACAGCGUGUAAAGGAUGACAUUGAAGCUUUGCAUGAGAAGUUCAAGGUUCAAUACCCACAAAGCAAAUCAUGUCGAUUGUCCGUUGUUCGAGAUCUACCACCAGUUGCUGGAUCGAUUAUCUGGGCUCGUCAAAUUGACAAUCAACUUACGAUGUAUCUCAAACGUGUCGAAGACGUCCUUGGCAAAGGCUGGGAAUCGCACAUCGAUGGGCAGAAAUUGAAAGCGGAUGGUGAUAGCUUCCGUGCUAAACUAUCAAUUUCUGAAGUAUUCCAGGACUGGGCAAGGAAGGUUCAGGAACGCAAUUUUGGAAUAAAUGGACGUAUUUUCACCAUUGAGUCUGCUCGUUCUCGUACUGGACGUGGAAAUGUCUUGAAGUUGCGAGUGAAUUUCCUUCCUGAAAUCAUUACUCUUUCUAAGGAAGUUAGGAACAUCAAAAAUCUUGGAUUUAGAGUCCCUUUGACUAUCGUAAAUAAGGCUCAUCAGGCCAAUCAAAUUUAUCCAUAUGCAAUUUCUUUGAUUGAAAGUGUCCGUACUUAUGAACGUACUUUGGAAAAGCUAAAUAAUAGGAGUUUAGCACAAAAUUCUGUAUUCAAGAUUGAAGAUCGUGCAAGUAUUGUUCCACUUGUUGCUGGGUUACGUAAAGAUGUACUCGCUUUGAUAUCUGAGGGAAUUGCUUUGGUCUGGGAGAGUUACAAGUUGGAUCCAUAUGUUCAACGAUUGUCAGAGUGUGUAACACAAUUCCAAGAAAAGGUUGAAGACUUGCUUGUGGUCGAGGAACAACUCGAUGUUGAUGUACGAUCCUUGGAGACUUGUCCUUACAGUGCUGCAACAUUCGCAGACAUUUUGGCAAAGAUUCAGCAUGCAGUUGAUGAUCUCUCGCUGAGACAAUACUCCAACUUGAAUGUCUGGGUAACUCGCUUGGAUGAAGAAGUUGAAAAGAAGUUGGCUCUACGUCUACAAGCUGGUAUCAAUGCUUGGACUGAAGCUUUGACUGGAAACAAGAAGGAAGUUGACUUGUCCAUGGAUACUGAUGCUCCAGUUCAACCAACUCAUAAACUUGGUGGUGAACCACAGAUCCAAAAUGCAAUUCACGAGAUACGCAUAACAAAUCAGCAGAUGUAUUUGUAUCCAUCGAUUGAAGAAGCUCGCUUCCAGAUUAUGCAACAACUCUUUGCUUGGCAAGCUAUUGUCACAUCUCAAGUUCGUUUGCAGAGUUCAAGAUAUCAAGUGGGCUUAGAUAAGCCUGUUUCGCAAACCUAUCGCAAUUUGCUGACCAAAUUACCAGAAGGCAAGAUUUUGGAGAAUGCUUAUGGAUCGAUUGAGGAUAAAAUCAGUGAAGUUAGAAAUUAUGUUGAUGAAUGGUUGCGCUACCAGAGCUUGUGGGAUCUGCAAGCUGAUACACUCUAUGGACGUUUGGCUGAAGAUGUCAACUUGUGGAUUAAGUGUUUGAAUGAUAUCAAAAAAUCUCGAACAACCUUUGAUACUUCUGACACUCGACGGGCUUAUGGUCCAAUCAUCAUUGAUUAUGCAAAGGUACAGGCAAAGGUUACUUUGAAAUAUGACUCAUGGCAUAAGGAAGCUUUGGGUAAAUUCGGAACCCUAUUGGGAACAGAAAUGACAACUUUCCAUGGAAAAGUUUCCAAGUCUCGAACUGAUUUGGAGAUGCAAAGCAUUGAAGCGGCCAGUACAUCAGAUGCCGUAUGCUUCAUUACUUACGUGCAGUCACUCAAGAAGGACAUGCUUGUCUGGGAGAAACAAGUCGAAGUAUUCCGUGAAGCCCAACGUAUUUUGGAACGUCAACGCUUCCAGUUCCCCAACAGUUGGUUACAUGUAGACAACAUUGAGGGCGAAUGGUCAGCAUUUAAUGAGAUUAUCAAACGCAAAGAUACAGCUAUCCAGACUCAAGUUGCAAGUCUUCAAGCUAAAAUUGUUGCCGAGGACAAGGCUGUCGAAACUAGAACUGUUGACUUCCUCAACGAUUGGGAAAAGAACAAACCAACAGGAGGCAAGACUCGUCCAGAUGAUGCAUUGCAGCAGUUGCAAAUGUUCGAGAGCAAGUACUCGCGGUUGAAGGAGGAACGUGAUAACGUGGCUAAAGCAAAGGAAGCUUUGGAAUUGCAGGAAUCUGCUAUUCCAAACAACAGCAGCGAACGUAUGAACGUUGCUCUUGAAGAACUUCAGGACUUGCGUGGUGUUUGGAGUGAACUUUCGAAGGUUUGGACUCAAAUCGACGAAACUAGAGAGAAACCUUGGUUGUCAGUGCAACCACGAAAAUUGCGUCAACAGCUUGAAGCAAUGAUGAGCCAAUUGAAAGAGUUACCAGCUCGUCUCCGUAUGUACGAAAGUUAUGAGUAUGUCAAGAAACUUAUUCAAAGUAACAUCAAGGUUAACAUGUUGAUCGUCGAGCUAAAAUCCGAUGCACUCAAGGAGCGUCACUGGAAGCAAUUGACCAAACAAUUGCGAGUUAACUGGGUUAUCUCUGAUUUGACUCUGGGACAGGUUUGGGAUGUAAAUCUUUUGAAAAACGAGAACAUUGUCAAGGAUAUCAUCCUGGUUGCUCAAGGUGAAAUGGCACUUGAAGAGUUCUUGAAACAAGUACGUGAAUCCUGGCAAAACUAUGAACUGGAUUUGAUCAAUUACCAGAACAAGUGCCGCAUAAUUCGUGGUUGGGAUGACUUAUUCAACAAAGUCAAAGAACACAUCAAUUCAGUUGCUGCUAUGAAACUUUCGCCUUACUACAAGGUUUUUGAAGAAGAAGCUCUCACAUGGGAAGAGAAAUUGAACCGAAUCAAUGCUCUAUUCGAUGUCUGGAUUGAUGUCCAACGUCGUUGGGUAUAUUUGGAAGGAAUCUUCUCUGGCAGCGCAGAUAUAAAAACCCUACUGCCCGUUGAGACUUCUCGUUUCCACAGCAUUAGUUCGGAAUUCCUUGGUCUUAUGAAAAAGGUUACCAAGUCACCAAAGGUAAUGGAUGUCUUGAACAUUCCAGCUGUACAAAGAUCAUUGGAACGUCUGGCUGAUUUACUCGGAAAGAUUCAAAAGGCUUUGGGAGAAUAUUUGGAAAGAGAACGUACCUCCUUCCCACGGUUCUACUUUGUUGGUGAUGAGGAUUUGUUGGAAAUUAUCGGAAACAGCAAAAAUAUUGCUCGUCUGCAAAAGCAUUUCAAGAAAAUGUUCGCUGGUGUUGCAGCAAUUUUAUUAAACGAAGAUAAUACUGUAAUUUUGGGUAUUGCCUCAAGAGAAGGUGAAGAAGUAAAAUUCAUCAAUCCGGUAUCAACUGUGGAUCAUCCCAAGAUCAACGAAUGGUUGAGUUUGGUUGAAAAGCAGAUGCGUUUUACAUUGGCUUCAUUCUUGGCUCAGGCUGUUCAAGAUAUUAAACAGUUCCGCGAUGGACAAAUCGAUUCACAGAAAUAUAUGGAAUGGUGCGAUAAAUACCAAGCACAGAUUGUUGUUUUAGCUGCUCAGAUUUUGUGGUCAGAAGAUGUAGAAAGCGCUCUUCAACAGGCUAUGGAAAACAACAGCGGAAAGCCUUUGAAUAAGGUUUUGACUACUGUCGAAUCAACUUUGAAUGUGUUGGCUGAUUCAGUCUUGCAAGAACAGCCACCACUCCGACGCAGGAAGUUGGAACAUUUGAUCAAUGAAUUUGUACACAAGCGCACAGUGACUCGUCGUCUCAUUUCUAAUGGAGUAAAUAACCCUAAAUCGUUCCAUUGGCUUUGUGAAAUGAGAUUCUACUUUGAUCCUCGACAAACUGAGGUCCUUAAACAACUUACGAUCCACAUGGCUAAUGCUCGUUUCUACUAUGGCUUCGAGUAUCUAGGUGUUCAGGAUCGUCUAGUACAGACACCUUUGACCGAUCGUUGCUACUUGACCAUGACCCAAGCUCUGGAAUCUCGUUUGGGAGGAUCUCCAUUCGGUCCAGCUGGUACAGGAAAGACAGAAUCAGUGAAAGCUCUUGGAAACCAGCUUGGUCGCUUCGUGUUGGUUUUCAAUUGUGAUGAAACCUUUGAUUUCCAAGCUAUGGGAAGAAUUUUCGUUGGUUUGUGUCAAGUUGGUGCUUGGGGUUGCUUCGAUGAAUUCAAUCGUUUGGAGGAGCGUAUGUUAUCUGCUUGUUCUCAACAAAUUCAGACCAUUCAAGAAGCACUCAAAUACGAAAUGGAUAGUAACAAGGAGAGUAUAACAGUUGAGUUAGUUGGCAAGCAAGUUCGUGUCUCAUCCGACAUGGCAAUCUUCAUUACCAUGAAUCCUGGCUACGCCGGACGUUCUAAUUUACCAGACAAUUUGAAGAAACUCUUCCGUUCUCUUGCUAUGACAACACCAGAUCGUCAACUUAUUGCUGAAGUUAUGUUAUUCAGUCAAGGAUUCCGACAGGCAGAGAAGCUCGCUUGCAAGAUUGUACCGUUCUUCAAGCUGUGCGACGAACAAUUAUCUAAUCAAAGCCAUUACGACUUUGGAUUGCGUGCUUUGAAGUCUGUGCUGAUCUCAGCUGGUAAUGUAAAACGUGAUCGUAUUAUGAAAAUUAAAGAAAUGAUGACAGCUCGUGGAGAACAAAACAUUGAUGAAGCUUCAGUUGCCGAGAAUCUUCCAGAACAAGAGAUUCUCAUUCAGUCGGUGUGUGAGACAAUGGUUCCAAAAUUGGUUGCCGAAGAUAUUCCACUGCUUUUCUCUCUGUUGAGUGAUGUCUUCCCGAAUGUCGGAUACACACGUGCCGAGAUGAGUGGACUCAAAGAAGAAAUUCGCAAAGUUUGCAAUGAAGAAUAUCUGGUUUGUGGAGAGGGUGACGAACAAGGCGCUGCCUGGAUGGAAAAGGGAUUCGGUGAAACUUGGGUCGAAAAAGUUCUGCAAUUGUAUCAAAUUUCAAAUCUGAAUCAUGGUUUGAUGAUGGUUGGUCCAUCAGGAUCUGGUAAAUCGACAGCUUGGAGAGUUCUUCUGAAGGCUCUUGAACGAUUCGAAGGAGUCGAGGGUGUUGCACAUCUAAUUGAUCCCAAGGCUAUCUCCAAGGAGGCUCUGUAUGGUGUCAUGGAUCAGAAUACACGUGAAUGGACAGAUGGUUUGUUUACACAUAUUUUGAGGAAGAUCAUCGACAAUGUUCGUGGAGAAAUCAACAAGCGGCAAUGGAUCAUCUUUGAUGGUGAUGUCGAUCCAGAAUGGGUUGAGAACUUGAACUCCGUGCUUGAUGACAAUAAGUUGUUGACAUUGCCCAAUGGAGAGCGGUUGUCUCUACCACCAAAUGUUAGAAUUAUGUUCGAGGUACAGGAUCUGAAGUUUGCCACUUUGGCUACAGUUUCUCGUUGUGGAAUGGUAUGGUUCUCAGAGGAUGUCUUGUCGACAGAAAUGAUCUUCGAAAACUAUUUGUUGCGUUUGAGAAAUACUCCAUUGGAAGAUGGUGAUGAAGAAUUUGGCAUGAUCAAGAGCAAGGAUAAGGAAGAUGAAGUUUCGCCAUCAUUACAAACUCAAAGGGAGAUUGCUAUGCUAUUGCAGCCAUACUUCUCAGCUGAUGGUAUUGUUGUGCGCUCGUUAGAAUAUGCCAUGGAUCAGGAGCAUAUUAUGGACUUUACCAGAUUGAGAGCUCUCAGCUCAUUGUUCUCUAUGUUGAAUCAAGCUGCUAGAAACAUUUUGAACUUCAAUUCACAACAUCCUGACUUCCCAUUGAGUCCUGACCAGUUGGAGCAAUAUGUUCCCAAGGCUUUAGUGUAUUCAGUUUUGUGGUCAUUUGCUGGAGAUGCUAAACUCAAAGUUCGUACCGAUUUGGGUGACUUUGUUCGCAGUGUGACCACAAUUCCAUUGCCUGGAGCUGCUGGUGCUCCAAUAAUUGAUUACGAGGUUAAUAUGGCUGGUGAAUGGGUUCCAUGGUCCAACAAGGUGCCAGUUAUUGAAGUGGAAACUCAUAAAGUUGCUUCGCCUGAUAUUGUGGUUCCGACUUUGGAUACUGUUCGUCAUGAGUCCUUGUUAUACACAUGGUUGGCUGAACAUAAACCACUGGUUCUCUGUGGUCCUCCUGGUUCGGGUAAGACAAUGACCCUUUUCUCGGCCUUGCGUGCCCUUCCUGAUAUGGAAGUGGUUGGUUUGAAUUUCUCAUCGGCAACUACACCCGAACUGCUGCUUAAGACUUUCGACCAUUAUUGCGAAUAUCGUAAGACACCGAAUGGUGUUGUUUUGGCUCCAGUGCAGAUUGGUAAAUGGCUGGUGUUGUUCUGCGAUGAAAUUAAUUUGCCUGAUAUGGACAUGUAUGGCACUCAACGUGUAAUUUCUUUCUUGAGACAACUGGUAGAACAUAGAGGAUUCUAUAGAGCAAGUGAUCAAGCUUGGGUUUCAUUGGAACGUAUUCAGUUCGUUGGAGCAUGUAAUCCACCUACAGAUCCAGGUCGUAAGCCACUCAGUCAUCGGUUCUUGCGACAUGUACCGAUUAUCUACGUUGAUUAUCCUGGCGAAACUUCAUUGAAACAGAUUUAUGGAACCUUCAGUCGUGCCAUGUUGCGCUUGAUGCCAUCACUUCGUGGCUAUGCUGAACCAUUAACCAAUGCUAUGGUAGAAUUCUAUUUGUCGUCACAGGAUCGCUUCACUCAAGAUAUGCAACCUCAUUAUGUUUACUCUCCUCGUGAAAUGACACGUUGGGUUCGUGGUAUUUGUGAAGCAAUUCGUCCAUUGGACUCUUUGCCAGUGGAGGGUUUGGUGCGUUUGUGGGCUCACGAAGCACUACGUUUGUUCCAAGAUCGUUUGGUUGAAGACAGCGAACGUCGUUGGACCAAUGAAAACAUAGAUAUGGUCGCUUUGAAACACUUCCCAAGCGUAGAUGGAGAAAAGGCAUUGAUGCGUCCGAUUCUCUACAGUAACUGGCUGUCCAAGGAUUACAUGCCAGUUAAUCGCGAAGAACUACGUGAUUAUGUGCGUGCUCGAUUGAAGGUCUUCUAUGAAGAAGAACUCGAUGUACCAUUGGUACUUUUCGAUGAAGUUCUCGAACAUGUUUUGCGUAUCGACCGAAUCUUCCGGCAACCGCAGGGUCAUUUGCUUCUCAUUGGUGUAUCUGGGGCUGGCAAAACUACACUGUCACGUUUCGUGGCUUGGAUGAAUGGCUUGUCCAUUUUCCAAAUCAAAGUCCACAACAAAUACACCAGCGAGGACUUUGACGAAGACUUGCGUUGUGUGCUGAGAAGAUCCGGUUGUAAGGACGAAAAGAUUGCUUUCAUUUUGGAUGAAUCGAAUGUGUUGGAUUCUGGAUUCUUGGAAAGAAUGAAUACACUCUUGGCUAACGGAGAGGUUCCUGGAUUGUUUGAAGGCGAUGAAUAUACCACUUUGAUGACUCAAUGUAAGGAAGGAGCUCAGCGUGAAGGACUUAUGUUGGAUUCUAGUGAUGAGCUUUAUAAAUGGUUCACUCAACAAGUUAUGCGUAAUCUUCAUGUAGUUUUCACAAUGAAUCCUUCAACUGAUGGCUUAAAAGAUCGUGCUGCAACUUCUCCAGCUCUGUUCAACCGUUGCGUACUCAACUGGUUUGGUGAUUGGUCCGACUCGGCACUCUUCCAAGUGGGCAAAGAAUUCACAACUCGUGUUGAUUUGGAGAAACCCUCUUGGUCUUCCCCAGACUUCUUCCCAUCUGUAUGCCCACUUGUCCCAGCAACACCAUCGCAUCGUGACGCUGUUAUCAACAGUUGUGUGUAUGUCCAUCAGACUCUGCAUCAAGCCAACUGUCGUUUGGCCAAGCGCGGAGGACGCACCAUGGCUAUCACUCCACGUCACUAUCUCGAUUUUAUUCAUCACUUUGUUAAGUUGUACUCGGAGAAACGUAGCGAGUUGGAAGAACAACAGCUUCAUUUGAAUGUUGGUUUGAACAAGAUCGCUGAGACAGUCGAACAAGUGGAAGAGAUGCAGAAGUCAUUGGCAGUUAAAUCACAAGAAUUACAAGCCAAGAACGAGGCAGCUAACGCUAAGCUAAAACAAAUGUUCAAGGAUCAACAAGAGGCAGAGAAGAAGAAGAUUCAGUCGCAAGAAAUUCAAAUUCAAUUGGCCGAGCAGACCAUUAAAAUUGAAGAGAAACGUAAAUAUGUCAUGGCUGACUUGGCUCAAGUCGAACCAGCUGUCAUUGAAGCUCAACAAGCUGUAAAAUCGAUCAAAAAGCAACAACUCGUCGAGGUGCGAACAAUGGCCAAUCCACCAGCUGUGGUGAAAUUGGCAUUAGAGUCUAUAUGUUUGCUCCUUGGAGAGAAUGCGUCCGAUUGGAAGUCAAUUCGUGCCGUUAUAAUGAGAGAAAACUUUAUAAAUUCAAUUGUAUCUAACUUCGGUACUGAAGAUAUAACCGAUGAAGUUCGUGAAAAGAUGAAGUCCAAGUAUUUGAGCAACCCGGACUAUAACUUUGAGAAAGUCAACCGUGCCAGUAUGGCAUGCGGCCCUAUGGUUAAAUGGGCUAUUGCACAGAUCGAAUACGCUGAUAUGUUAAAACGUGUCGAGCCACUUCGCGAUGAAUUGCAAUCACUUGAAGAUCAAGCUGCCCUCAACAUGAAGCAUGCCAAGGAAACCAAGGAUCUUGUUACACAAUUGGAACAAUCCAUUGCCGCUUACAAGGAGGAAUAUGCUCAGCUUAUUUCUCAAGCCCAAGCUAUUAAGACCGAUUUGGAGAAUGUCCAAGCUAAGGUAGAUCGUUCUAUUGCAUUGCUCAAGAGUUUGAACAUUGAGCGUGAACGUUGGGAAAGUACCAGUGAGACUUUCAAAUCCCAGAUGUCAACAAUUAUUGGAGAUGUUUUGCUAUCCGCAGCUUUUAUUGCUUAUGGUGGUUACUUUGAUCAACACUAUCGUCUCAACUUGUUUACCACUUGGUGUCAGCAUCUGCAGUCGGCAAAUAUACAAUAUCGCCCAGAUAUUGCUCGAACAGAGUAUCUCUCUAAUCCAGAUGAACGUCUCCGCUGGCAAGCCAAUGCUCUGCCAUCAGACGAUCUUUGCACGGAGAAUGCAAUUAUGCUGAAGCGCUUCAAUCGUUAUCCACUGAUCAUUGAUCCAUCAGGUCAAGCAACUACGUUCUUGUUGAACGAGUACGCCGGCAAGAAGAUCACCAAGACCUCCUUCCUGGAUGACUCGUUCCGUAAGAACCUCGAAUCGGCAUUACGUUUCGGAAACCCAUUGCUGGUUCAGGAUGUCGAGAACUACGAUCCUAUUUUGAACCCGGUAUUGAACAGAGAAUUGCGCCGAACCGGUGGUCGUGUGUUGAUCACUUUGGGAGACCAGGACAUUGAUUUGUCACCUUCGUUUGUCAUUUUCCUUUCGACUCGUGAUCCAACUGUUGAAUUCCCACCGGAUAUCUGCUCAAGGGUGACAUUUGUUAACUUCACCGUUACCAGGAGUUCAUUGCAAUCACAGUGUCUCAACCAAGUAUUGAAGGCAGAACGUCCAGACAUUGAUGAAAAACGCUCAGAUCUGUUGAAACUGCAAGGAGAAUUCCGUCUCAGGUUGAGGCAGCUUGAAAAGAGUUUACUGCAGGCCUUGAAUGAUGCAAAGGGUAAGAUUUUGGAUGAUGACUCGGUGAUUACCACUCUGGAAACUCUAAAGAAGGAAGCUUACGACAUCAACAUGAAGGUCGAUGAAACAGAUAAGGUUAUUGCAGAAAUAGAAACCGUCUCACAGCAGUAUCUGCCCUUGUCGGUGGCAUGUUCCAACAUCUACUUUACUAUGGACAGUCUUAACCAGGUGCACUUCUUAUACCAAUAUUCUCUUAAGAUGUUCUUGGAUAUCUUCAGUACAGUUCUAUUCAACAAUACGAAAUUGGAAGGAAAAACUGAUCAUACAGUUCGUUUGACUAUCAUCACCAGAGAUCUCUUCCAGGUUUGCUAUGAUCGCGUGGCUAGAGGAAUGCUCCAUGCUGAUCGCCUAACAUUCGCUUUGCUAAUGUGCAAGAUCCAUCUGAAGGGUACAUCUGAGGCUAAUCUUGAUUCUGAGUUUAACUUUUUCCUGCGAAGCCGGGAAGGACUUCUUCUUAACCCUACAACUGUGGAUGGAUUGUCUAGUGAACAGAUUGAGAGUGUCAACCGCUUGGCUACUCGUUUGCCCAUCUUUAAGAAACUCAUUGAAAAGUUGAAGUCCAUGCCUGAAAUUGGCGCCUGGUUGCAGCAAAGCUCUCCCGAACAAUGUGUACCCCAAUUGUGGGACGAAUCGAAGGCACUUUCUCCGGUUUCAUCGUCGUUCCAUCAAUUGCUGCUGAUCCAAGCUUUCCGUCCUGAUCGGGUGAUUGCCGCUGGACACAAUGUAGUUAAUACUGUUCUUGGAGAAGAUUUCAUGUCGACAGCUGAAAAGGAAUUGGACUUUGCUCAGGUGAUUGAGAAGCAGUUGAACUGCAAUACACCAGCUCUACUUUGCUCGGUUCCAGGAUUCGAUGCUUCAGGAAGAGUAGAUGAUUUGGCAGCUGAACUUAAUAAAAAGAUUUCAAGUAUUGCCAUUGGUUCGGCUGAAGGUUUCAACCAAGCUGAACGUGCAAUCAACAUGGCUUGCAAGAGCGGAAAGUGGGUUCUUCUUAAGAACGUCCACUUGGCUCCACAAUGGUUGGUGCAAUUGGAAAAGAAACUACACUCGCUACAGCCUCAUUCUGGCUUUAGAUUGUUCUUGACUAUGGAAAUUAGUCCAAGGGUUCCAGUUAAUCUGCUCCGCGCAGGAAGAAUCUUCGUCUAUGAACCACCACCAGGUAUUCGUGCUAACCUUUUGAGAACAUUCUCAACGGUUCCGGCCACACGAAUGAUGAAGAGCCCAGGUGAGAGAGCUCGAUUGUACUUCCUCCUGGCUUGGUUCCAUGCUAUUGUACAGGAACGCUUGCGUUAUGUUCCAUUGGGAUGGGCUAAGAAAUACGAGUUCAACGAAUCUGACUUGCGAGUUGCAUGUGACACUUUAGAUACAUGGAUUGAUUCGACAGCAAUGGGACGCACAAAUCUGCCCCCAGAGAAGGUUCCAUGGGAUGCUUUGGUUACACUUCUUUCCCAGAGUAUUUACGGAGGCAAGAUCGACAACGACUUUGAUCAGAGGCUUUUGGCAUCGUUCUUGUCGAAACUAUUCACUGCUCGCAGCUUUGAAGCUGACUUUGCUUUAGUGGCUAAUGUGGAUGGUGGAGCUGGUGGCCAGCGACACAUUACAAUGCCCGAUGGAACUCGUCGCGACCAUUUCUUGAAGUGGAUCGAGAAUUUGGCUGAUCGUCAAACCCCAUCAUGGUUGGGCUUGCCCAAUAAUGCCGAGAAGGUUUUAUUGACAACUCGUGGAACGGAUUUGGUAAGCAAGCUAUUGAAGAUGCAGCAAUUGGAGGAUGAUGAUGAGUUGGCAUACAGUGUGGACGAAAACCAAGAAGCUGUACAGACCCGCAACGAAGAUGGCAGGCCAUCUUGGAUGAAAACUCUGCACAAUAGUGCUUCGUCCUGGUUGGAAUUAUUGCCGAAGAACUUGCAUGUUCUUAAACGUACUGUUGAGAACAUCAAGGAUCCUCUUUACAGAUACUUCGAGAGGGAGGUUACUUCAGGAGCUAAGCUCUUGACGACAGUUAUUUCAGAUCUUCAAGAUGUUGUAUUGAUCUGCCAGGGCGAGAAAAAACAAACGAAUCAUCAUCGUUCCAUGUUAUCAGAGCUAGUUCGAGGAAUUAUUCCAAAAGGCUGGAGGCGUUAUACUGUUCCAAUUGGGUGCACAGUUAUUCAAUGGAUUACUGAUUUUAGCAACCGCGUGAAGCAGCUUCAGAAGGUUUCUCAGUUGGUGUCUCAAGCUGGAGCCAAGGAACUUCAGGGCUUCCCUGUUUGGUUGGGUGGACUAUUAAAUCCUGAGGCGUACAUCACUGCAACAAGACAAUGUGUCGCACAAGCAAAUAGUUGGUCUUUAGAGGAACUUGCUCUGGAAGUGACCAUAACCGAGGCUGGAUCUAAUUCGAACCAAAAGGAUAGCAGCUUCGGUGUUACAGGACUUAAACUGCAAGGUGCACAAUGCAAGAACAAUGAACUCUUGCUUGCUUCGACCAUCAUGAUGGAUCUACCAGUCACAAUUCUGAAGUGGGUUAAGGCAAACAGCGAUGUUCGUGUUAGUAAAUUGACCUUGCCCGUUUAUUUGAACUCGACUCGCACAGAAUUAUUGUUUACUGUCGACUUGGCUGUCGCUGCUGGACAGGAUCAGCAUAGUUUCUACGAGCGUGGUGUUGCUGUACUCACCUCGACUGCACUAAACUGAAAUUAAAUAUUUAACCGAAUUAAAGCUAAGCUUAAUAUUCGUAGUACGCUUAAAGCGUUUUUAUGUUUUUAAUCAUUGUAUUGCUUUUUAAAGCCACAAUUUGGCAUUCAGCAUUAUUAAUCAAAACAUCAUAAUCAAUCAAUAAAAUAUUAUUAACCAAUAAA